AUGCCGUACCAAAGAAAAAAUUCGGCAGCAAAACAGCCAGCAAAGCGCCGCUCCAAGCUUGCCAAAGAGAACGAUAUAUCUGCGGACGAAGAAGCCGAGAUUCGGGAAGCUUUCGACUUAUUCGCGUCGCAAGAUGACGAGAAAGAUGGGCGAAUUUCCAGGAAUGAUGUCCGUCGGUGCCUCAUCGCGUUGAAUGCCCCACCUGCCAAUAACGCCGAUCUGCAAGAGCUCCUCGAAGUCGCGGAUCCUGAAAAUGCCGGCUGGGUACCUUUUGAGCAUUUUCUGCCGGUCGCAGCGCUUCAGUUAAACCGUGCGAAAGGCGAUGAAGAUGAGGAGAGACAGCAAGAAGAAGUUGACAAGGCGUAUAAUCUUUUUGUCAAAGGGCAGGAUCGUCCCAUCACUAUUGCGGACCUGAAGCGCAUUUCGAAAGAGUUGAGAGAAGAUGUCCCAGAUAAUGUGCUGAAGGACAUGAUUCGUGAGGCUACGGGCGGGUCACUGGGUGGUGUUGGUAAGGAGGAUUUCGAGAGUGUUAUGCGGAGGGCUGGUGUCUUUGGUUGA